AUAAGAAAGAAAAGAAAUUCAAAGAAAAGAAAAGAAUAGAAAAUCAUAUUCUAUAGUAUAAAAAUGAACAAAUCAAGAAUGGUGACGACGUAAUGAUAAUGAUCAAAUCUGCAUAAUUUUGUUAGACAACUUAAAGUGUAAAGCAAUCACAGCCUAGAAAAAAAAAAAAAAAAACAAAAAGCCAAAAAGAAGAAAAAAUAAAAAAACGAAGGCAGAAGAAAAGAAAAAUUUCCAAUUUAUGUUUGGGUGGUUUGAAGCAUCCACGUUAUGUCUGAGAUAAUGUGUAAUAAGUGAAAACGUGUGGAAAAACUAAGUAAAACUUGGCAUUAUUUACUAUUUAUUUUAUUUUUUUUUUUGUUUUGAAAGAAUUAAAUGAAUAAAUUUAAAAUUUAGAACCGCAUACACCCACACACACGCAUGCGCGCACACACACACACAACCAUCCGCAUCAUAAUAAACGUAUUGAUAAGCACGACGAUGGAUACAAAAUUAGAUGCUAGACAAGGACAAUUUCCGGCCUCAUUUCCGGAUACGUUUAAAAAUUAUUUCACUAUGAUGAACGAAGAUGAAGACCACAUGGAAUUGUUUUCUAAUUUGUUGGAAGAUAAGGUAAUACCACGUGUGAAUACAAAUCAAUUUCAGCAAAGACGUUACGGUGGCAGUUUACGAUGCUCGACUAAUCCUCGUAAUCGACAUAAUUUAAGUUGCAGUCAUGUUGGCGACAAAGGACCAGGAGAGGCGGAUAUACAUGGCAGUGCUGUUCAUCAUGUAGGCCGUUCAAAUUCUUUUCGUUUUAACAGGCCACGAAACAAUGCCAUCAGUUCGAGUAAUAAUUUGUUGAAUAAUUUCGCAACGCCUGAACGCACAACAUCUGUCUGUGGUGCUGGUGGAGGCACCGCCAGCGUAUCUGCUGCUGGCGGCGGUCUUUUGAAUAGUGUCAAACUGGGUGGCAGUAGUAAUAAUUUAUUUUGCAAGCACAUGAAAUACUGUUGCUUACAUCAGCCACAACAUCAGCAGCAGAAGCAAAAAAUCGCACUUCAACAACAACUACCUUUGAAAAGUUCCAGUCAACAGCAACUAUUUCAACAGCAGCCCACUACUUUAUCAGCAUUACAAUAUCAAAAGCUGCAACAGCAGCAAUUUCAGCCGCAAAAUACUUAUCAUUACGAUUAUAGCAGCAGCAGUACACGUUUGGGACCAGACGGCGAAGAUAAUGCCGGAAGCUCAGCCAUGAGUAAUAUAACAAAUUAUUUGGUCAAUGGUCAAAAACAACUUCCGCAUCAUCCUCAAUCGCAGCAGCAGCAGCAACAGCACCAACAACAACAACAACAACAACACCAACAACAACAGCAGCAGCAGCAGCAGCAACAAUCGGUUUCAUCUGCAACUAGUCAACAGAUAAUCAAACAACCGCCACAAAAGCGUCAUUCAAUUAUUUUGGAACGUGCUUUCGACUUUGAUGCCAGUUGUGAUGAGAGUGACACAAUUAGCUCAACAUCGUCUACUCCGCCAACUACGAACAUUCCAUAUACUGUGCUCAAACCAAUUUUGAAACAACCGCAUCAGAAUAGUACACAACAGCAACAUCAACAUCAACAUCAACAUCAGCAGCAUCGUUCUUUACCACAGCCACCGAAAAAUGCUGGUAUCGGUGCUUUUCAUACAAAAGAGACGGCUUUGCAAAGAGUCCAACAGCAAAGCGGUUUAAUAAGAGUGAAUAGCAAAAGCAAUCUAUCGUCAUUAUGUGGAACUGCGGCAGCGUCAAUAAUAUCAGCAAUAACAACUACUAAUGCAACGGUAGCUACAACAACGACAACUACGAAUGUAACUACCUCAGGCACCACAAAUCAUUAUCAGUUAUGUGGUAUGGAAAAUAGAAGUAUUAGUGUAUUUAAUAUGAGUUCCACAGGAAGCGUUGUCGGCGCCACAACAUUGAUGAUGACAACUGGCAUCAAUAACAACAAUAAUAAUUCCGCUUUGGGCAACAAUUGCAAUAAUAGCUCAACUAGUGCAAAUAAAAUGGGUGUCAACAAGCAAACAGCAUACAGUGAAGAUGAGCAAUUUAUAGAUUAUCCAGAAAGCAGUGGGACGGCGGGAGGCGGUGCCGGCGUUGCUUAUAAUUUUAAUCAAAAAACAAAUGAAAACAGAAAUAACAUCAUUAACUUGCGUCAACAAAAAUCGCCUGUUUUAAAUAGACGACGUUCAUCAUCGAUUGCAACAGCUCUUCUCUCAACCGAUUAUAGUUACAGUCAUGGCAAUGCAACAACAGCAGGAAAUUCAGCUGACGCCACGAAUCAAGAGACAAAUACAACCUUGACGCAAACUAAUACGUACACUAAUGCACGAGAUCGAAUUAAUGUAGUGAAAUCGCCGAUCAACAGUAAACCGAAGCGUAUGAAUUUAAUACCGGUCGACUCUGGCGGUGUUUUAACAUUUCAACAAGCCAUGUCUGGAGCUGUAUCACCGCAAUAUUCUGCCACCUCACCGCUAUAUAACGAUGGAUGUAUUCCAAGUAAAACUCAAGCACACAAAUUUAACGCGUAUAUAAGUCAUAGCAAAGGCAAUGCAAGUGGUGAAGAUAAUGAUACGGCAAAAGAGCUUGACGUGUUACUUGAAGACUCCGCGAGCAAUGUAUUAAAUUCAACAGCUACAUUUACACCUUGUUGCCCUCCCAAUGGGCCCUUGGUGGCCGAUACGCCAACACGCGACGAUGUGCACGACAGGACAGGUGAAAACGUAGUUGACAUGGAUUCACCCUCAAGCAUACCGCAAGAGCGUGGUGCCGGUGUAGGCAGCAGCAGUGCUCUAGCGAACGUUGCCAAUUCUGCAACAAAUGGUCAGAUAACCAAUAAGCAAAGGCAGCGUUUACGUACAUCUAGUAUGCCAGCCGAGAGUAGAAAGCCACGUUUAGCCGAUACACGUAGAGCAGCUAUACAUUGCGCAGACUUGGAUUUAGAAUAUUAUCGAUUGCGUAGUUUUAGUAUUACAUCGCACGGCGUAUGCAAUUUGGGAGAUUCUUUAAGGAGUCGACGCUCAAGAUCUAUUAAUUCUGUCACAUCGACUGGCACCUCAAAUAGCGGCUUGGAUCGACAUAACAGUAACGCAUCACGCACAUCUGGUGAUGUACUAAUUGAAGAGGCCUGUGUUCAUAAAGCGCAAAUACCUGUUUAUAAAAUUGCCAUGUUGGGCACAUCCAGUGUCGGCAAAACCACAUUAACGUAUCAGUUCACAACAUCCGAAUACAUUUGCGCCUAUGAUUUAAGUUUAGAUGACGACUACGGCCAGAAAACGGUUUCAGUACUUGUUGAUGGCAUUGAAACAGAUUUAGAAAUCAUUGAUCAUCCAGCAUGCGAAAUGUCGACGGAGGCCUUUUGUUCCACAUAUAACAUUGAUUUAUUUGUGGUGGUCUAUUCGGUGGUCGAUCGCUCCUCCUUUAAGGCUGCCGAAAAAAUUCUUUACUAUCUGAAAGAAAAUGAAAUGCUUUUAACACGCGGCGCUAUACUCGUUGGGAACAAAACCGAUUUGGAACGUCACCGCGAAGUGAAUCGCCAAAUGGCCCGUAAACUUGCCAAAGAUAUUGCCUGUAAAUUUAUAGAAACGUCUUCUGGCCUUAAUCACAAUGUCGACGAAUUGUUGGUUGGUAUAAUCGCUCAGGUCAAAUUAAAUCCUCAACGUAUACGUAAUCUCAGUGAAAAGGACCGUCAACGUUUAAAUUUACAGAAUACAAUACAGAAGCACCGUCGCCUCUACGCCCCGCAAAGACGUAUGGUACGUCAAGUAUCUAUGUGUCAAACGGACGUUGAUGAUAAUAACGACGAGCGGGAAGAUGAAAAUGCCCGCAGUAUUGAAACGGAAUGCAUUGAUGAUCAAUCGGCCAAUAUAAUGGUACCCGGUAUGAUGGCAGAUGAAGGUAUUGGCACUGGCAGCGAACGCACUGCUAGUACAACUCUGUCCUCAACAACUGCCGGCGGCAAAUCAUCAUUAUCAUCCAUUAGUGCUAAAGGCCCAAUAAGGAAAACAACAAAACGUCCUUUAAAUUUGGAAAGUAUUCUGAAAAUGGGUGAAAGUGAAUUGGAAGAUGAAGAAGAUACGCAACAGUUGACAAGCAAUCGAAAUGCCAGCGGUGGUGGGAAACACUAUCUAACAAAUGUCAAGCCCAGUAGUAAAUUCGAAAUGUUAACAGCGGGUCUUAAAGUCAGCGGGUCUAGUCGUACGCCGUUUUCUAGCGUCAACUCGUCACCCAAAGCAAGACGUCCACACGAAAAGGCGGCCAGCACUAAUAUAUUAUUAAGAGUUGUCGAUGGAGCUGAUUCUCACCAGCAAUACAAUGAAUCACCACCAACAUCCCGAUCAUCUGCUCAAAUAGAGGCCAGCGGUUUAAUAACGGAUUGCAAUCGUAAGACUGUCUCAAAGCUAACAAGUCGCACUAAAAUUUUCCUUUCAUCAGUAUUGCGUUUUAAACGAGCUAUUAACGUAACGAAGAGGCGAAACUCUUCAAGCUGUAGUGAUUUAUUUGUCAUAUAAAUAUUAUUUCUUCAAGUGAUGGCUCCGAUAAAAAAAAGAAGCAAAUUCUACUAAAUGAUACUAAAACACUACAAUGUUUUGUACACAAUUGACAAUUUAUUGAAAUUUGGUCAAUUUCUGAUAAGGUUUCAGAUUCCCGCAUAUAGCCAUAUACAUAUGUACUCAAAUCUAUAGCAGAACAUAUAACAAUCAAUUAACCCACAUACCAGAUAAAGACAUAUCUUAAAAAUCAUUGUUAAACAACCCAAAGAAGACGAAAUGCCAUAUUUGUAUUCAGCAUACAGUACAUAUUCAACAUGUCAUAAAUAAAAUAAUAAAAUGUAUAAUAAGUAAGUUUAUAUAGAGUCCACGAAUCAAGUAAAUCAAUAAACGCAACAAAAUCAUAACAAAUUAAAAGCAAAAACCAAACUAACUGGGAGACUGAAAAUCAAAUCCAUAUUUGUUUAGACGAGCGAAAAUUAGUAAACAAUUUUAAUUUAAAAUUAAUGUACAAUAUAUUGUAAGUAUGCACCAACAUGGUAGUUUUUAGUAUGCGUUUCUUCUGAAAUUAAAUAAAAAAAUUUAUAUAAAUUUUAAUCAUUUCAUUAAGAAUUUAUUGCAUUUUU